AUGAAGACUCUCGCCAUUGUCAGCGGACUCGCCGCCCUGCUCCCCUCGGCGCUGGCCUGUGGGAGCGACUCGUCGUGCUACGGCCCUACCAACACGGUCGAGCAUGUUCGCCAUGUCAAGCGCAUCCAGCCCGGAGCGCCCAACGCGGCAUACGGACCCAAGGCGCCUCUUGAAUGGGGGCAACUCAACUUCCUCCACACGACCGACACCCAUGGCUGGCUCGAGGGCCAUCUCAAGGAGCAAAACUAUGGCGCCGACUGGGGUGACUUUGUCACCUUUACGCGCCGCAUGAAGCAGACGGCUGGUAACAUGGGCGUUGACCUGCUCCUGGUGGACACUGGUGAUCUGCACGACGGCAACGGCGUCUCAGACGCAACCAAGAUCGACGGCACUGAGUCCAUGCCCAUCUUCGACGAGAUCGCCUACGAUCUGCUGACGAUUGGCAACCACGAGCUGUACGUGUCCGAGGUGGCGUAUGAAAUGUUCAACAAGUGGGCGCGCAAAUGGGGCGACCGCUAUGUCACGUCCAACGUCAAGGCCUUCAACCAGACGUCGGGCCAGUACGAGUACAUCGGAGCCACGCACCGCUACUUCACCACCGAGAAGGGACUGCGCGUCAUGGCCUUUGGCGUCCUGUUCGACUUCACCGGCAACUCCAACGCCUCGCAGGUGCUCAAGGCCGCCGACAUGAUCAAGCAGGAGUGGUUCACGGAUGCCAUCAACACCUGCGACCCCAUCGACGUCUUUGUGCUCUUUGGCCACAACCCCGUGCGCCAGACGGACUUCUCCAACACGUUCAAGACUGUCUUCGCCGAGAUCCGCAAGGUGCAUCCCAUCACCCCGAUCCAGAUCCUCGGCGGCCACAGCCACAUCCGCGACUUUGCCGUCUACGACGACAACUCGGUGGCCAUUGAGUCCGGCCGCUACUGCGAGACGCUGGGCUGGAUGUCCAUGACGGGCUUCAGCGACUGCAACAGUGCCUACAACGGAGUCAAGAACCCCCACGGCGUUGCCAACCCGACCCGUCCUGCCCGGACUGGCGCAAACUCUCCAUUUGUGUACUCGCGCCGAUACCUUGACUGGAACCGCCUGACAUUUGCCUACCACACCAAGCAAACCGAGCAGGCGUUUGACUACGGCUCCGGUCUGCGUGUCACUCAGGAGGUCACCAAGGUGCGCGAGGAUCUCAAGCUGGGCGAUGUGUACGGCUGCGCGCCCCAGACGUGGUGCAUCUCUUGCGUGCCCUUUGACAACUCGAGCAACAUCUUCCCCGGUGUCGUUGUGCCCGCCGUUACUGCCAUUGUCCUCAACAAGACGCGUGAGGACAAGUCUCGCCUCAUCAUUGGCAACACUGGCGCGAUCCGCUUCGAUCUGCACCAGGGACCUUUUACUUAUGACGACAACUUCAUCGUCUCUCCUUUCCGUGACAUCUUCCGCUACAUUCCCGACGUGCCAUAUGAUUUGGCCAAGACUGUUCUGCCAAAGCUUAACAAUGGCCCUGCUGCCAAGCGUGAUCUGGCCACCAUGCCCGUCCCCCGCGACUCAUGUACUGAUCCUACUCUGGGUUACCUGACAAGGCGUGAGAUGCGCCAGAGCCACGGUGUCGUCCGCCGCCAGGAGGUCGUCACCUCGGGCUAUGCCACCACGGAUGACUGGGGCACCGAUGGUGACGACACUGAGCACACAGGCAUUCCCAACUACCCCCUGCCCGGCUACUUCCAGGCUCAGGCCAACUUCCCCGAGGGCAAGGACCCUGAAGUCGUCGACCUAAUCUUUUUCGACUUCAUCGAGUCAAACAUCCUGUCGGAUCUUGGUUCCAACUACACUUCCGCCAUGGUAAGCUGCUACAUCGACUGCAACUUUAGCUCUCAAGUAGACUUUAUGCUUCCUUAUGCAAAGCUUGCGUGGCAAAAGAACAUUGACAACUGCCCUGUUGCAACUCAAUAG